CCGGCUCCAGCGCCCGCCGCCAGCACGCCGAGGAGACCGGAGCAGCUGGACCAGGCGGCGGGACAGCGGUCUGCGUUCCCCUCGCUGGCACCGGGCUCAGAAAGCCCCCGGGAGAUGCGCGGCCGCGGGCAGGCGGAGGGACAGCGGAAGAUGCUCCAGGUGGAUGCACGGGGCCAGAGAGCGGGGCGGUCGCCCUCCGCGUCGCCCGAGCGGGGCAGCACCCCCACCUCGCCCUACUCGCUGCCCCAGAUCGCGCCCCUGCCCAGCAGCACCCUCUGCCCUAUCUGCAAGACGACGGAGCUCACCUCUGCCCCCAGCCAGCCCAACUACAACGCCUGCACCCAGUGUCACAGCAAGGUCUGCAACCAGUGCGGCUUCAACCCCAACCCGCAUCUCACCGAGGUGAAGGAAUGGUUGUGCCUGAACUGCCAGAUGCAGAGGGCGUUGGGGAUGGACAUGACCACUGCCCCACGCUCCAAAAGCCAGCAGCAGCUGCACUCCCCCUCGCCGUCUCCAUCCCAUUCCCCAGCCAAGCUCCCAGCGGGCCAGGAGAGGACCCCGGCACCCACCCAGACAAGCGCCCGUCCUGGUGCCACCGCCGGUGUCCCACUGCCUGAGACCCAGAAACCACAGACGGCUGCACCGCAGAGGGAGCAGCAUGGCCAGCCAAAAGCCGGCGCUCCUCACGAAGCAGCAAGGUCCUCCCCGCAGCACCAUCAAGCAAAACCUUCCUCCUCUGAGCAGAGAAAGGCAGUGGGAGACCCCAAACCCCCCGUGACUGGUGCUGGGGCUCCUGAACAACCCCAGGAGGGGCUCACGGGGAAGCUCUUCGGCUUCGGAGCUUCCCUCCUGACCCAGGCGAGCACGCUCAUGUCUGUCCAGCCGGAGGCCCCCGCUCCAAGUCAGCAGUCUUCUGGCAAAGUGCCUCCAAAAAUCGUCUUCAGUGAUGCCAGCAAGGAAGCUGGUCCCAAAGCCGUGGGGGCGCAGGGCCGGGCUGGGGCUGCGCCGGCCGCCAAAGCAGGCAAAACGGAGCCAGGUGUUAAGCCAAAGGAAGUGCCGAAAGCCAGGGUCUUGUGCCCCCUCUGCAAGGCGGAGAUCAACGUGGGCUCCGGCGAGCCCCCCAACUACAACGCCUGCACGACCUGCCGGCAGCAGGUGUGCAACAUGUGUGGCUUCAACCCGACGCCUCAUCUGGUGGAGAAAAACGAGUGGCUGUGUCUGAACUGCCAAACGCAGCGGCUGCUGGAAGGGAGCCUGGCGGACCCUGCCCCGAUGCCGAUGCCUGCACCGAAGCAACCUGCGAGCGGCUCCCCCCGCCACCAGCCGCCGGCAGCCGUCCCGCGGGCACCGGCACCCCCCGAGCCGGCAGCGCCCCCCGACCGCCAGCCCUCGCCCGCCAGGAGCCUGCGGGCUCCCGAGCCGAGCCCGGCCCCCAGCCCUGCCCCGGAGAAGAAGCCCCCGGCACCAGCAGAGGAGAAACCGCUGCCCAAAGCUGCCCCGGAGCUUUCCCCAGCACCCAAAGGGAAGAGCAUCAGCACAAAACCGGAGGGGGAGAGCAAGGUGGGACGGGCGCCUCCCGAGGCACAGAGGGCGAAGGAGCAGGAGGAUGUGGGCAAGCCUUACCCCCCGGACCUGUCCCGCAGCCCCCAGAGCCUGAGCGACACCGGCUACUCCUCGGACGGCAUCUCCAGCUCGCAGAGCGAGAUCACGGGGCUGGUGCAGCAGGAGGAGGAGAAGCUGAGCGGCACCGGGCUGGCGGGGCAGAGCCCCCCGAGCCCCUCCGAGCUCACCAAGCUGGAGAGCAGCAUGAGGCCAUUGCUGGAGGCUCGGGGGGGCCCAGCAGAGCCCGGCAAGGGCUCGGAGCAGCGGGAGGAGCAGCGGCAGCGGCAGCGGCCCCGGUACCUCUCCAUCACCCCCGAAGCCUUUGACUCGGACGAGGAGCUGGAGGAUAUCCUGGAGGAAGAUGAGGACUCGCUGGAGUGGGAAAACCAGAGGGAGCAGCGGGAGAGCAUGGAGUCUUCGGAUGAGUUCGGCAGCAAGCUGCGGCACGACUACGUGGAGGACAGCAGCGAGGGGGGCUUCUCCCCGGUGCCCACCCACCCCAAGGGCCGGGAGGAGGUGAGCGACGAGGAGUUCAUGCGGAGGCAGAUCCUGGAGAUGAGUGCGGAGGAGGACAACCUCGAGGAGGAGGAGGAAGAGGAGGGCUAUGGGCGCACCAAGUACAGUGCCUCUAAAGCCGACGCAGAGAAGAGCAAAGAGCCUCCCUUGGCCAAGAGGCACCUGCCACACGGCCCCGGCAGCCUGUACAAGGAGGAGAGGAAGGAGCUGGAGGCAGCAGAGGGCGACGACAUGAGCACGUCCCAAGGGGGCCUGCGGCGCUUCAAGACCAUCGAGCUGAACAGCACGACCGGCUACGGCAGGGAGAUGGAGAUGAGCCAGGACGCGGACACCAGCCUGGAGCGGGAGCCCGAGCUGGAGAUGGAGAGCCUGACGGGCUCGCCCGAGGAGCGCUCCCGCGGCGAGUACUCUUCCACCCUGCCGGCCACUACGCCCAGCUACACCUCGGGCACCUCGCCCACCUCCAUCUCCUCCCUGGAGGAGGACAGUGACAGCAGCCCCAGCCGGCGGCAGCGACUGGAGGAGGUGAAGCAGCAGAGGAAGGCUCGGCACCGCUCGCACGGCCCUUUGCUGCCCACCAUCGAGGACUCGUCGGAGGAGGAGGAGCUGCGCGAGGAAGAGGAGCUGCUGCGGGAGCAGGAGAAGAUGCGGGAGGUGGAGCAGCAGCGCAUCCGGAGCACAGCACGCAAGACCAAACGUGACAAGGAGGAGCUGAGGGCGCAGCGGAGGAGGGAGCGCUCCAAAACUCCCCCCAGCAACCUCUCCCCCAUCGAGGACGCCUCCCCCACUGAGGAGCUGCGGCAGGCAGCGGAGAUGGAGGAGCUGCACCGCUCCUCCUGCUCUGAGUACUCGCCCUCCAUCGACUCGGAGGCUGAGAGCUUUGACGCCGUGGCCUCCAAGCUGUACAAGUCAGGCAGCGAGUACAACCUGCCCACCUUCAUGUCGCUGUACUCCCCCACCGAGAAGGUGGAGAGCGGCCCCAGCCAGCCCGCCAGCAAGCCCCUCAAGAGCGCUGAGGAAGCCUACGAGGAGAUGAUGAGGAAGGCAGAGAUGAUGCAGAAGCAGCAGAUCCAGCAGGCCCAGCAGGGCGUUUCCUACGGCAGCACCUACCAGCAGGUGGGGUACCGCGGCACCGAGGGGCAGAACGGCUUCGAGUACCAGUACGCGGAUGAGUACGGGUAUGAGGGCAGCCCCGCGCGCCCCUCGCAGCCCGACUAUCCGGGCAGCCUGUCGAAGCCGGGUGCGGUGUACGAGGAGAUCCUGCAGACCUCGCAGAGUAUCGCCAGAAUGCACCAGUCCUCCUCGUUUGACCUGGCUCUGGAGCAGGGAGACAAAAAGAAAGGGCAGGAAGAAGCGUACCAGGAAAAGCACUUUCUGAACACCGAGAGCGCGUAUGCUGAGCUGAUGAAGCAGAACGGGGGUCCCCUCACCCCUGGGACCAGCCCCACGCAGCUUUCUGCUCCUGUCUCCUUUUCCACCUCCGAGGGCAGCAAGGCCAUUCCUGAUGUCCAGGUCACGCAGCAUUUUGCAAAAGAAGGACAGGACCGGGCCAAGCUCCAGAGCACCCCAGCAGUGCCCAGCCCAGGCCCCAAGCCCCUGACAGCCCCUUACACCUACAGCAAAGGUACCAGCGCAGUCACAACGGCGGCAGCCGGCCCCACCAGCACAGCACAGAUCUACAGCUCUCCAGAGGCCACAGCCUCACCCGCCAGGAGCUACGGCCCAGUGAAGAGCUCCAUCAGCUACGGCUCACAGACGGAGGAUGUCUCCCGAAGCAAGGCAGCGGUUGAGACCAGUGUGCAAAUGGCCAGGGAGAAGCUCCAAGCGGUGAGCGACAGCAAGCCCCCACCGGCCAAGACGUACCCGUUCUUCAAAAGCUCCAGCCCCCCGCUCUCGCCAACGUCUCCUACUCAGAGUCCCACCCGUGCGGUCCCCAGGGCGGCCGCGCCCCCUGGCCCCACCGCCAAGUCCACUGCCGAGUUCUCCACGCAGACGCAGAGCCCCCUCCUUGCCUACGACAUCCCCGCCACCACCGGCACCUCCGCCUCUUCCCCCAUGGUGGCCCAAGGGACGCAGACACCACACCGGGCAGGCUCACCUCGCCUGGCCCGGCAGCAGUCCUCGCAGGACGCGCCCUUCAUGCUGAUCACGCUGGCGGCCGACGCAGCCAGCCAAACCAAGCCGCCAAGCUCCUCCGCGUCCCCCACCUCGUCUCCCACCAGGACGAUCAGGCAGAUGAUUCCACACGGGUACGGCCAGGAGCCGGAGCAACCGCCGGGUGCAUACGUCCGGGCGCAGCACGGGAAGGAACAAGCGCAGAAGGUGCCUGUGACUUCAGGCGCCGACAGCAUCGCAGGGCUGUACGGCUGGGGAGCGCUCCCGGCAGAGAACAUCUCGCUGUGCCGCAUCUCCUCCAUCCCCGGCACCUCCCGGGUUGAGCCGGGGCCCAAGGUGCCAAGUGGCAGUGCCGUGGACUUGCGAACUGCUCUGAAGUCUGCCCCCAUCAUCAUAACAGACCAAGGCAUGGAUCUCACCUCCUUGGCCACCGAGGCCAGGAAGUACUGCCUGACCUUGGACCAGAUCCCAAGCCGGCAGUCCACGGCCAUCCAGCCCCUGAUCAUCAACCUCAACGCCCAGGAGCAGCCCCAUGCCAUCAUUGCAGCCGCCAGCACUGCCGGCCUCGCCAUCGCCUCCCCGAUGCUCAUCUCCCAGCCCAAGCAGCCCGUGGUCUACGGAGACCCUUUCCAGAGCCGGAUGGACUUCGGGCAGGGGGCCGGCAGCCCGGUGUGCUUGGCGCAGGUGAAGCAGGUAGAGCAGGGCGUGCAGGCGGGCGCCGUUAGAGUCAGCGGGGCUGCUGGCCCCGCGCCUGCUGCCAAGCCCGAGCCGGCCGCUCCCCCCCAGGCGAAGUUCUCGAGGUACAGUCUGCCCAGCCAAAUGGUGAAGAAGGACGUGCUCCUCACGCAGACCAGUAUCGCGCAGAGCGUCAGCGGCAUCCCUCAGCCGUUCCCACAGGAGCAGGGCUCGGAGCUGUACCGGGCAGUGCCAGUGGAGCUGAAGACCCAGAGCCCUCUCCUUGCCCUGGGAGGGAAGAAGUCCCAGGUGAUGAUGGUGCAGGUGGAGGACAUGGCAGGCGGCCCGGUGACCAAAGUGCUGAAGGAAGAGCCCCCAGCCAAUGUGCUGGACCUCACGGGUGUGAAGGCGGAGAGCCAGGUGGCCUGUUGUGACGUGGUCUACAAGUUCCCCUUCGGCAGCAGCUGCACUGGUGCUUUCAACCCCACUUCCAAGAUGCCGGAGAAGAAGGCUGGGGACGCGGUCCCCAGCAGGAAGGCUGGUGGGCCCCUCUAUGGCAGCAGGGAGCCGGAGCUGCCGGAGACCUUCCCGUACCGGGAGCAGCCAGCGCCUGCUCUCUACGAGGAGCAGAAGUUUUACCCCACCGGCACCUUUGGGAGGCUCUACUCCUCCAUGUCAGACACCAACCUGUCCGAAAUCGGGAUGAACUACUACCCCCCAAAGGGGGACCAGCCCUUCCCUGCCAGUGAGGCUGCCGUGGACUUGAGCACCAUGAAGCAUUCCUUCAGCGUCGGCUUUGCCGAGGGGGGGUACCUGGGCCAGGGGCUGCAGUACGGCUCCUUCUCCGACCUGCGCCAGCCCACAGAGCUGCUGGGCCACCCGCUCCCCAUGAGGAGGUACAGCUCGGCUUCCAACAUCUACUCCGAUUACCGCUACUCGCCCCGAGGGGACCUGGCCAGCUUCCAGGAGUCCAGCCUGGCCCACUACAGCGCCACGACUGCGCGCGAGAUCAGCCGCAUGUGCGCCGCGCUCAACUCCAUGGACCAGUAUGGGGGCCGGCACGCCAAUGGCCCUGACGUGCUGCCCUACGGCCCCAGCAGUGGCAGCGGGGGGCUGGCAGCUCAGCCAGGGGGUGCCGUGGCCCCGAAACCCGGCGGGAUGUUCAACCCUAAUGUCCCUGAGGCACGGCAGGGCUUUGGCAGCCUGGCACAGUACAACGUACCCGGCAUGCGCCUGGGCGCCAUCAGGCAGAUGUUCCCGUCCUCCGCCACCGUGCGGGCAGCCGACGGCAUGAUCUACUCCACCAUCAACACUCCCAUCGCCUCCACGCUGCCCAUCACCACCCAGCCAGCCUCUGUGCUGCGACCCAUGCUGCGCGGGCUCUACCGACCCUACGGCCCGGCCGGCGUGGCCGCCGUCCCGCUGGCCAGCCUGGCCAGGGUGCCCGUCAUCACCCCCCGGGUCCCGCUGGCACCGCAGAGCCUCUACCGCUACCCGGCCCCCAGCCGCCUCCCGGCCUCCUCGCUGAUGGAGACGCCCGUCUACCUGGGCAAGCCGGUCAGCGCCACGGCAGGCACCGGCCCCGCCGCCAAAGCCCCCGCUGGCCCCACUGCUGGCUUGCAGAGAGCAGAGGCCUCGGGGGCUGCCCCCCGCGCUGAGGGGCCGGCAGCAGGCGCUAAGGAGGGCGGGCAGGGAGCCCCCUCGUCCAAGCCGCCCUUGGAGGGGAUGCAGCGGGAGGAGCGGGAGCGGGAGGAGGAGCGGCAGCGCAAGCAGCAGGAGCACGUGCUGCAGCUGGAGCGGGAGCGCGUGGAGCUGGAGAAGCUGCGGCAGCUGCGGCUGCAGGAGGAGCUGGAGCGGGAGCGCGCCGAGCUGCAGCGGCACCGGGAGAAGGAGCAGCUGCUGGUGCAGCGGGAGCUGCAGGAGCUGCAGUGCAUCAAGCAGCAGGUGCUGCAGCAGCAGCAGGAGGAGCGGCACGCGCAGCUGGCGCUGCAGCGGGAGCAGCUGGCCCAGCAGCGCCUCCAGCUCGAGCACAUCCACCAGCUGCAGCACCAGCUGCAGCAGCAGCUGGAGGAGCAGAAGAGGCAGAAGAGCACCUUCCCCAGCACUGCCGAGCCUGCCACCCGCCCGCCCGAGGGACCCGCCGAGGCACCGCGGGGCCCAGCGCACAACGGGCAGGGGUGGCCCCCACCCGGCCAGGCGCUGCCCGGGGGGCCGGAGGGUGCUGCCGGCCCCCGCUACCCUGCGCCACAGAGGCCCCUCAGCAGCUCGGCCUCGGACAUGUCGCUACAAGCUGAGGAGCCCUGGGAGCCUGGCCGGGGCAUCAAGAAAAGGAACUCGAUGCCGCGGCUGCGGGAUGCCUACGAGAAGGAGGCGGCGAGGAAGACGGCAGACAGCAGCGUGCAGACGGACGAGGAGGAUGGCGAGGAGCGGUACCUGCUGUCACGGCGGCGGCGGUCGCGGCGCAGCACUGACUGCAGCGUGCAGACGGACGAGGAGGACAGCGGGGAGUGGGAGCAGCCUGUGCGGCGCCGGCGCUCCCGGCCAUCGCGGCACGCUGAGGCCAGCGCCGAGGGCAAGGCGGACGGCGCCACACGCUGCACGGCCAGCAUCGGCAUCCAGACCAUCAGCGACUGCUCUGUGCAGACAGAGCCUGACCAGCUCCUCCGCGUCUCUCCCUCCAUCCACAUCACCACCCACGACCCCCGUGUGGAGAUCGUCAAGUACAUCUCGGCCCCGGAGAAGACGCAGCGGGGCGAGAGCCUCGCCUGCCAGACGGAGCCCGAGCCGCCCCCCCAGCCCGGCAUCGUGGUGCCGCAGCUCACGGUGCCCACCACCAUCACCCCUUACUCCACCAACCUGCAGAUGGUGAGCACGGGCCCCCUGGACCCCCAUGCUGUCCGGCAGCAGACCCUGGGCAAGUUUGAGAAGAAGAAGCCAGACCCCCUGGAGAUCGGGUACCAGUCCCACCUGCCAGCCGAUUCCCUCUCCCAGCUAGUGACCCGCCAGCCACCCCGCUCUCCCCAGGUCCUCUACUCCCCCGUGUCCCCCCUGUCCCCACACCGCCUCCUGGAGUCCUCCUUCUCCACCAGCGAGCGGCUCAACAAGGCUCACGUCCCGCCGCAGAAGCACUUUGCUGACUCGGCCCAGCGCCAGCAGACGCUGCCGCGCCCCAUCAAGACCAUGCAGCGCUCCCUGUCCGACCCCAAGCCCAUCAGCCCCACCUCGGAGGAGGCCGGCAAGGACAGGUUCUCCCUCUACCAGCACCCGCUGCUCCCAGGCACCCAGGUGGGCGGGCUGCAGUCGAGCCCGCUGGCGCGCAAGGUGAAGCGCACGCUGCCCAGCCCGCCGCCCGAGGAGCCCCACGUGCCCCUGGGCAGCCCGGCCACCCCCCAGCUCUACCUGGGCAGCCUGGCCCCCAAGGCCCCCCCCGGGGCACCGGUCACCAAGGCCAGCCUGCUGAAGGAGCUGGACCGUGACCUGAAGCUGGUGGAGCACGAGUCCACGAAGCUGCGGAAGAAGCAGGCGGAGUUGGACGAGGAGGAGAAGGAGAUCGACGCCAAGCUGAAGUACCUGGAGCUGGGCAUCACGCAGCGCAAGGAGUCGCUGCUGAAGGACCGGGGCACGCGGGACCACCCCUACCUGCGCGGCCUGGCCGACCGCCGGGACUACCUGUCCGACAGCGAGCUGCACAGCCUGCGCCUCGCCGCCUACGACAGCGCCAGCCUGCGCCCCGCGCCCGCCGGCCAGUACCCUGACUUCGCUGCCACCUCCUACGGCGCCUACCCCUACCCGGCCCCGCCGGGGCCCCCCGCCUUCCAGCCCACGCGCCCGCAGCCCCCCCAGUUCCCCGCUGCCAGCACCGCACAGGACAGCUUGCAGGCUGCCCCCUUGCCUGCCUUUGCCUCACCCAGCGCCUUCCCGGCCCCCGGGGCCACGUACACGGAGCUGGGCACCCCGGCCCAGCCGGGCUUCCGGCCCCAAAACCCCUACCAAGCCCAGGGCGCCUUCGCUGGCACAGCUGGCGUGCCUGCAGCACAGCCCACGCUCUUCCAGAGCCCGUCGGACACGCACCAGAAGCCACGGCAGACCUCGCUGGCUGAGCUGGAGCAGAAGAUCCCCACCAACUACGAGGUCAUCGGCGCGGCCACCAGCUCCUCCGCCGUCCCCGACGCCACCUUCAGCACCGCAGCGGUGAGCAGCGGCUACGAGCAGUACAAGGCACCCGAGGCCCGUCCAGCCGAGAGAGCUGGCGUCACGCAGGGCCCGUCAGCCAGCUUCUCCUCCGAGUCCCUCUACACCAGCCUGGAGCAGAACAUCCCCCGUAACUACGUGAUGAUCGAGGACAUCAGCGAACUCACCAAGGAGAGCCCAGCAGUGGAUGGGCAGAAAGCGGAGCCGGUGGGCACGGGUGCCAACGGCCGCCACGGCAAAGAGAAGAGCGAGCUGGGGGAUGCCGAGGGAUCCGGCCGGCCCUGCUGCUAUGCCAAAGCGGAGGAGGAGUCCGAGGAGGAUAUCUAUGACCACCACGGCCCCGACCAUCGUGGGAAGAACAGCUACCACCGGGGCAUGGAGAGCAACGGCAGGGUGUCGGGGAGCUCUGCGGGCUCCUACUACUAUGGGGACGGUGAGUACCGGCACUCCUCGCGAGCGGACAAGCAUGGCUCCGGCGUGGCACUGCCAAAGCAUUCGUCCAAGAAUCUGGCACCCGCCGUCGUCUCCUCUAAGCGCAGCAAGCACAGGAAGCAGGGCAUGGAGCAGAAGAUCUCCAAGUUCUCUCCCAUAGAAGAAGCCAAAGACGUGGAGUCAGACCUGGCCUCCUACGUUGUGACAACGUCGGUCAGCAGCAGCAACGUGGCCUCCAGGGCCAAGAAGCUGCAGGACGAGAUUACCUAUGGCCUCAAGAAGAAUGUCUACGAGCAGCAGAAGUACUACGGCGUGUCCAGCCGGGACCUGGUGGACGAGGAGGAGCGGGUCUACUCCGCUGGCAGCAGAACUCGCUCCUCUGGCUAUGGGCUGGAGAAGUCCUCUGGCCGUGACACAGUCAGCCGGAGCAAGUCCUACGAGCGGGAGGGCGCAGAGAGGUCCCAGAAGGGCAGCUCCAAACCCUCGUCCCUCAGCAUGAGCCAGAGCCGGGGACGGGCUCCGGUCCGCACUCAGCCGUCGGAGGAGGAGAGCCCCAUCAGCCCCCUGGGGAAGUCAGUGGGGGGGUCGCGUUCGGCGGGGGGCCCUGGCCCACAGUCGUCGGGGGACCCCUGCUCCCAGUUCUGCUCCAGCCACUCGUUGCCUGAUGUGCAAGAGCACAUCAAAGAUGUGCCAAGGAACCACUCGUACAAGCACGAGGAGGGCUACGGCAUGGACGAUUCCCAUUGCGUUGUCUCGGACAGCGAAGCCUAUCAUUUGGGUCAGGAGGAGACAGACUGGUUUGAUAAGCCCAGGGAGGUGCGGUCAGAGCGGGUAAGGCACUACGGCGGCCACUCUUCCUCGCAGAAGAGACCCCCGGCUAAGCACACCUACCACGACUACGAUGAGCUGCCCGACGAGGACCCGUGGCAGCACGACGACUACCCCCAGCACCGCGAGCACCGGCACCACGGCGAGUACGGGCGCCACGCCGCCUCCUCCCGCCACGACGAGCAGCCGCGCCGCUCGGCCAAGCAGCACGCGCGGGAGCCCGGCCGCCACGAGCCCCGCAGCCACGCGCCGCCGGCCACCACCAAGAAGGCGCAGCAGCCCGAGCCCCGCGCCCCAGCACCGUACGGCCCCAACGCCUCCGAGUACGCCCCGCCGUCACGCCCCGCCACGCACCACCACGGUGCCGAGCCCCAGAAGACGCCGAAGACGCCGCAGCCGCACGGGACGCCCGCCCCGGCGCAGAAGCCAGAGGCACCGACACCCGCACAGCAGCCGGCGGGCAGGCAGCCGCAGGCUGGGCAGCAGGCAGCGCGGCAGCAGCCGGCGGCGAGGCAGGCUGCCCAGCCAGCGGGCUCGGCACAGCCCAGGACACAGGGACCCGCCUCGUCCCGGCCACCGCAGCAGCAGCCAGGGACGGGCCAGGCUGCGGGGAAGGCGCCGGCCGCGCUGCACGUGCAGCCGGGUGGGCACCCGGGGCCACAGCAGAAAGCGGAGCAGGCAGACGCGUCCAAGCCCGCGGUGAAGGUGCCGCAGCAGCCGGGGAGAGCGCCCACGGCUCAGCCCCCAGGAGCAGCAGCAGACAGCAAGGUUGGGCCGAGGGCAGCCGGGACCCGUGGCCCUGCCAGCGCGGGCACAGGGCAGCCUGGGGUGGAAGGAGAGAGCGUUUUCUCCAAAAUCCUGCCGGGAGGGGCAGCAGAACAAGCAGGCAAACUGACUGAAGCGGUGUCAGCUUUUGGCAAGAAAUUCACUUCGUUCUGGUGAGAACGGCACAAGGAGCUGGGGAAGCGAGUGGAGAUCGAGUCGUUGCAGCGGAAAAACCUAUGAAGAAGCCAGCGGACUCAGCACGCGGCGCCAGACUCUGGGUAUAACGCAGCUUUGGAAAGCAGGGUGACCCCCCGGGUGCUGGACGUCACGCAGCAGACGGCGGCGAGCAGCUCCGGCGCGGCACACGGCGGGGGGACCCCCGCAUGCCGAGGGGCUGUGCCGGGACCCGCGGCCCUUUCUCAAGAUUAUACGCAGAGUUGCUCCCUCCGAACCCCAGCUCUGGCAUCUUCAUAGGUUUUUCCCCUCCGCGCGAGCCGAGGGCCACCUUUCCGUCCCCUCUGUCCUGCCGGCCCCUUGGCCCCCCUGCACUGCAGCCUGCUCCCCCCCGGGGAGUCGGCGCGCCCCGUUAGGACCUAACACUGUUUGACUACCGAAAUAAGAGGCCAUAGGACUCUGACAGGCAGCGCAGACGCGGGCUGGCCUUUGCCGACACCGGGCGCUGCCCUGAAGCCAUUCGAAGCAUUCAAAGGGCCACGCUUGCCCUCGCCACGCAGCCGGCGCGCCCCGCUGCCGGGCACCCCUUUUCUUUGAAGAACAGCCUUAAUCAUCCCACUUUGAUUUCUGUGUAUACCUCAUCUGCACCGGGGGGGGGCAGGGGGCGUCGUUGGGGGGGGGGGGGAACGGGCUUUUUUUUUUCCAUUUUUUUUUGUUUCUUUGGGUUCAUUUCAUUGAUUUUUUAUUUGACUUUAUACCAAAUCCUCUUCCCUCUUUGCUUUGUGCGAUGAGUUAGCACAUGGGCUGUUGUUUGUAGAAGCAAUAGAGUGCAGGAGGCCACAAAAGAGCACAAUCCACGGAACAAGAUCAGGAGAGCUUCGCCUCUGCCAAUAUCCUUCCUCUUACUGUGCAAUUCAAGUCCUUCUGAAGCCAUUACGCGGGGGCCCGCUCGGGCCGGCGGAGGGGCCGGGGGGCCGCGCUCGCCCCGCCAGCCGGAGAUGUC